GAUACGCGCCGGUCAAUGCGCGUGGACCGGUGCCUCACUUUGCAACUCGCUAGUAACAGCUCAGUUGGUGAGCGAACCAGUAGAUGAAGAGAAAGAACUUCAAUUCGCUGCACCAACGACUCGAUUUGGCCAAUUAUUCGAUCUCUGUUCGUCAGAUUCAGAUCUUUCUAUCGUGAUAUUCAGAAAAUCAAAGAGCUGUGGAUGAAAUGGCGUCCCAACGUAGAUGAAUUGAGGCAAGAUAUGUCACUCUCAUCCUCCAGUUCACUCGCCUCAUCCGCAUCGUCGCCAACUGCAACCGCUUCUUCUUCGACCUCGUGGUUCUCUGGCAUCGUUCGCGGCCGCAUCAGUAGGUCUUCCAGUGUGAAGAUGUCAAACAACAACGCCGUACCGAUUGAGAGUGCGGGCCCAAUCAAGGCCAAGAACCAAUAUCGAGGCAUUCUCUUCAAGUACGGGCCCAAGCCAAUACAGGUUGCAUUUAAAACGGGUGAUUAUAAACAACAGGUUAUAUUUAUUGGUGGGCUGACAGAUGGUUUUCUGGCAACAGACUACUUGGAACCCCUUGCAAUGGCUUUGGACAGAGAGAAAUGGUCGCUGGUUCAGCUGCUUCUUUCGUCAUCAUAUAGCGGGUAUGGCACCUCCAGCUUGCAAGAGGAUGCUAUGGAGCUUGAUCAGCUGAUAAGUUUUCUAAUCAACAAAGAAAAUUCCGAGGGUGUGGUUCUACUUGGACAUAGUACUGGGUGUCAGGAUAUUGUGCAUUAUAUGCGUACAAAUGCUGCAUGCUCUCGAGCAGUUAGGGCUGCCAUUUUGCAGGCUCCUGUUAGUGAUCGGGAAUACAGAGCAACUCUUCCUGAAACAGCUGCAAUGAUUGACUUGGCUUCAAGUAUGAUAGCAGAAGGCCGAGGAUCAGAGUUGAUGCCCAGGGAAGCAGAUCUGUCACCAAUAACUGCCUAUAGGUUCCACUCCCUUUGUGCCUAUAUGGGGGACGAUGACUUGUUUAGUUCUGACCUUACUGAUGACCAACUGAGGAUGAGGCUUGGGCAUAUGUCUAACACGCCUUGCCAGGUCAUCUUUUCCAUGGCUGACGAAUAUGUACCAGAGUACGUCGAUAAGAAAGCAUUGGUUGAAAGAUUGUGCAGAGCCAUGGGUGGUGCCGAGAAAGUUGAGAUUGAGCAUGGAAAUCACUCCCUCUCAAACAGAGUAGGAGAAGCUGUGCAAGCCAUUAUUGAUUUUGUUAAGAUAGAUGGACCUAAGGGCUGGGAUGAUCCAUGGAAUUAGUGUUAUCCCCUCUGUUCUCUUCACAUUUUUGUUCUCUUCCUUUUAUUGCUUAAUUUAAUUCGUGUUUUUUGUUCAUGCUUAGCUGCUGAAGGUUCCCCUGUAGUCUAGAGGCUUCUUGUACUUCACCCUUGUAAUAUUUUAAUUUAAUGUAUUGGUUUGAGUGUUUUGCCUGAGGAAGAGGCUUUUUGUACUUCACCCUUGUCAUAUUUAAUUAAAUGUAUUGGUUUGAGUGUUUUGCCUGAGAAAGGUCCC